AUGGCUCGCACCAACGAGGAUAGCUUCUUUAAGCUCGAGUCCGACUAUACUGCAAACGCCCGACCUACAACUGUCUCUUAUCCCCUUGAAGAGUUCUGGCUAGAACGCUUCAUAAUUGACAAGACAAGCAGGGGUGGGCAGACGACACCUACAUUUAACCUCGAGGGCCUGGCGGAGUGCUGGAUGCCUUACGGAAGCGGCCAACGCAUGUGUCUGGGACGGCAUUUUGCCAAGAACGAAAUCAUUGGGACUCUGGGCCUACUGCUGCGCAACUUUGACUGCCACAUCGUGGACAUGCAUCAGACGGACAAGAUCAGGGCAGACGAGCGUUGGGUGCCCUACGGGACACUGUCACCCAAGGGGACAGUGGCUAUUCGACUGUGGAAGCGUCAGCAGUAG